AUGCCGUUCAGCUUGUAUCUCCAGCAGCAGGAUAAUGAGCAGCCGGCUCCGUACGACGCAUACUAUAGUCAGGACGGCCAGCGCACUCCUCAGAAGCCGCAAGAUAGCUCGUCGACACCGCCGUCGGCGACUUUGCCCCCAGCCCAUCAUGCCGUGCAAGGGUUGUUCGGAAACAUGCCUGCAACUGCGGGCAAUAUUCCGCUUCAACUACCACCUUUCCUGUUCGGUUCCCAAGCAACAUUAGCACCUGGAGGCGGUGCCGAGGUACUCUCCGCCGGUAUGAUCAGUCCUACAGCCUGGUUCAACUCAAGUUCACCAUCGGCUUCGAUAUUCAACUCGAUAGACUGGAGCCAAGUGCAGCCACAGGCGUCGCCGGCCGCGACGUACACACAAGCGCCUACGGCUCCGGGAAUGACAUGGAGUGGCGCCGCGACAUCACUACCCGGCUCAUUGGCGCCGCCUAUACAUCCGCCCCCAUUGCCACCAAAUAAUAUCGCUGCCUAUGCAGGUGCGGGCGCCGCGCUUGGUCUACCAGUCUACUCCACUUCCGGCUUCGAUUUGAUGGGCGUUCUUGCUCGUUUAGUCAAUCGCCCAAACCCCAAGAUCAUGCUCGGGCCUGUCGACUUGUCUUGUGCAUUCUGUGUGGUCGACACGCGAGGAUAUGACUCGCCCAUCGUUUACGCCAGUCCCACGUUUUACAGUCUUACUGGCUACGCGGAGAAUGAGGUUGUCGGUCGCAACUGUCGGUUCCUUCAGGCGCCUGGCGGGCAGGUCCAGCGUGGGGAGCAGCGUCGGUUCAUCGCCCCCGAAGCCGUGGACUACCUCCGAAAGUCGCUUGUUCAAGACAAGGAGUGCCAGACUAGCAUCGUCAACUAUCGCAAAAGCGGGCAGGCUUUCAUCAACCUUGUCACCGUCAUUCCUGUGGCAGGCGGGCUCCACAACGGCCCCGACGAGCAGGAUGAGGUUGUCUACCACGUCGGCUUCCAAGUUGAUCUCACGGAGCAGCCGAACGCGAUUCUCGAGCGCCUACGUAAUGGGACGUACAUGGUCAACUACAGCGUUACGAACACACCACAGGCUCCUCUGACGACGUACGCUAAUGCUCGUGAUCGUCGAAACAAACUAUUUGCGCUCGCCGCUGCUCAGGAGUUCCGCGAGAUGCUCACCGAACCAGCGUUCUUAUCUAGCGUUCUUCCGGAGACCGCGGGUCUCGAGGCCGACGAUCUGGCAGAGUACUGCGACACGAAUACGUCGCUCAGCCUCGUGCUCUUGUCAGGUCUCGCGGACGGUCUGCUUGUUCUCUCGCUGAAGGGAACUUUCUUGUACGCCGCCCCAGCGCUCGCUCAUAUGCUUGGCUAUGACGCGCAAGAGCUUGUCAACAAAAGCCUCACAGACUACUGCCACCCUUCGGACGUCGUUCCUCUCACCCGCGACCUGAAGGAGUCUUCUGCUCCGUCCCUACCAUCCGAUACUCAAGCUGCAGCAUCUGCACAUGCUGAGGCGGGCGUACCGCUCCCGCGAGUGCCUUUGUCAGGCGCACCCAAGCCUGUGAACUUGCUCUUCCGUGCGAGGAUGGGCGCAAGCGUCGAGGGCGCAGCGCCUGAGUAUAUGUGGCUAGAGUGCCGGGGGCGCCUACACAUCGAGCCGGGCAAGGGCCGCAAGGCAAUCAUCUUGUCCGCACGGCAGCGGACCAUGCCUCGAUUGUCACUUCCGUCGAGCAUUGGUGCCUCGUCACUGAGUGCGACGACGGAGGCGUGGAAUCUUUUGAGCGCAUCCGGAAGCCUUAUCUCGGCCGCUCCCCGUGCGCGCGAAGUUCUCGGUGCCGCUGUACCUGAGCUCGUGGGACGAACCCUCGUCGAGAUCGCGGCGGACGGCACUUCAGCAGAUGCUGCAGCAGCGCUACAACGCGCACGACAGCCUGGCGUGGGCCCUCAGACUAUUCAGCUCCGCAACGGGGCGGUAGGCACGUUGUAUGGAGCGCCGGAGGGCGCGCCUAUGAUGUUACGCAUGUGCGCGGCCGGCUCCGCGCAGGAACAAGCGCCCGCGGCGGUCGAUCCUGCCUCGCAGAUCGACGUCUUUGGCGAGCUUGACGCCAACGCCGGCGAGAGUUGGCAAUUUGCGCUCCAGCAGCUCAAAUUUGCAAAUCAAAGGUUAGCGGAGGAGGUUCAAGAGCUUGAAGGACCGCGGCACCCGGCAGGGGCGCAGGCUCAAGCUCAGGCGCCGUUGCCACACGGCCAGGCCGCUCAAGCACCGGUGGCGUCGGGGCAGCAGGUCCCCAAUCAGCCGAUGCAGUCGCCUCAUCAGACGCCUAUGCAGCAACUGGCGCAGUAUACAAUGCAGUAUUCGGCGCCCUCUCAGCAGCAGCAACAGCAGCCUCCGCCACCCGCGCCGCCACCGGGCUCAUCAUUGUACUCGUGGCAGCCACCUCCACCGCCUGCGAACUUACACCUACCCGAUACGCGCAAGCGUUCAUGGGGUGGUGGCGGCCCAGGCAGCGGAACAUGA